UCCAUCACGAGUUUAACUGCAAAAUUUGAUCGAAUUGAUGAUAUUUGCGUUAAACUCGUUUUAAACGCGGUCGGCUCCCAGAAUCCUGCUGCCUUAAGUAGUUUGAUUGAACAUGUGCUUACAAAAAUUGAUUACCCUUCCCGGGAAGCCACAACCUGGCAACUUUUAAACUGUCAAAGCCUUUGAACCCAACGGCAGGUGGUUACGUGACUAUCACCGAUUAGGCUUCUCAUUUUCACAUACCCUCAUUGCCACCAUCGUAACACAGUUUCAUCACAAACACAACAAGAAGCUGGAUAGUUACUGCAACUCGCGUAUAUUGGUUGCCUCCGCACGCCUGUGAUUAAAGACUCAGACGCUUGUUUCUCCUACUCCGUCUUUCCAGUUACUAGACCCUUCACUUUUGACAAGUUCGUCGCUGUUGACUCGGAAACUAGACUUAUUCGGAACUCGGACGGAAAAAAGCAAGAUGGUCUCGGGGCCUUCAAAGGGAUGUUCCGUGUGGGAGUCCGCCGCUAUGCCUCAGGAGAUUCACGACCAAAUUUCACAGUUAGUAGGUAGGAGUGGUCGUAGCGCGAUGAUGCAGGCAUCAUCAUACUUCAACCAUGCCUUUGCCGGGGUUCAUUUCGAGGAAAUGCGUUUCACACACACCCAACGCGGUCUAUCGAGUCUUCUCCGGAUGUUCGUAUUUAAAUGCGAGAACUCCCCAUCCACGUCUGGUACAGACAAUGUUGCGUUCAACAAAUAUAUCAAGGCCGCAAAUAUUGAAUGCCUAGAACCUCCCCCGGAGCCUAUGGGCGUUGGAAGGUGGGAACAUGCUCCCGACUUUCCAAGAGUCGGAUGGGAGCCCGAUGACAACCUACCUGGACGCAUCAUAAAAGCGGUUAGUCUAAUCUCUAAGCUCAGAUACUUAGAACUACUACUACAUCACUUCACUACGGAUCAACACAGUAGUGUUAAUGAUCUCAUUUCCAUCAUGGAAAGAUGGGGAUCUAUCCGACAACUACGAGUAAAGAGCCGGUUUCCAGGAUGCGUAAAGGGAAUAAUUCAGCAGCUUGUUCCCAAUUUAAACGGGCUACACUUGCACGUCGGUACUAGAAGCGAUCUAUACGUUACCGCAGCAGCACAUCAUUCUGGACUAGAGCGACUUCAUCUCACUCUUACCCACCAGGACUUCCUAACAGGCGAGCAGGCCCAAGGCAUGCCUGUCAAUGCUACAAACCGCAUCCGCCGGGAUUUCAAAUCCUUGAAGUGGCUCACACUAGAGUUUGAUGUGGAACGUGUAUGCUGGCGUGAUCUUACGGAAUUCGAAAAUCAACGGGACAAUUUCGUAAACGCCCUAAAGAAGUUGCAUUGUCUAGAUCGUCUAGCCUUCACAAUACGCAGAUGCCACCUACAAAUCAACCAAGUCGUUUCAGACGAACAGAGCAUGUCAACGUUUUAUCACCGUUUGAUCCAGUUCAUGAGCGAACAACUACCCAGAAUUCGUUCCAUCGCGAUUCGUGCCGAUUAUCCGAAGUACUAUCUAGGAAUGAAGGAUGAGCCAGGCAUAACGAUGACUAUUUCUGAUAUGGAUGCAAGUGUACUACGUCGUGCUUCGUGGCCCUCAGGUGUGCGAGACGAUUAGGCCAGUAAUAUUAAUGUAUUUUAAUUUUCCGUCAUCGAUGAGGCCUUAACCGCACUAUCAAGUGCCUCCCUUUCUAUUAGAUUGCUAGUAUAGCUUCCAUCGACGCGAAUGCAAAUG